UUAGUUUUAUCCCGGCUACUGGGAAAGAUGGUUUCCACCUUUGGGAUAGUCCCUUGGGCCCGUUUGCACAGUAGGGACUUACAAUGGGCCCUGCUGCCCUUCCAACGCUCACACAGGGAUUCUUCAACCACGACGCUGGUGCUCCCUCCCUCGGUGAUUCGGUCUCUGUCCUGGUGGACGUCAGCUGCAAUACUAAAGGGGUCCAGGUUCCGAGUACCGAGCCGUCUCCAGAUCACAACGGACGCCAGCUUAUCCGGCUGGGGAGCUCACCUGGGGCCCCACCUGGCCCAGGGUCUUUGGUCGGCACACGAGCGAAGGAUGAACAUCAAUGUGCUAGAACUGCGGGCCAUUUUUAUGGCUCUAAAGGCCUUCGAAACCCGGGUACUACGUCGGGACGUCUUGAUCUUAACCGACAAUGUAACGGCCAAGGCGCACGUGAACCGCCUCGGGGGCACCCGCUCCAGAACUCUAAUGAAGGAGGCUCGGAAACUAGGCCUCUGGGCGGAGGACCACUUGGCGUCAAUACAAGCGGCCCAUAUCUCCGGAGUUCAGAAUCGCACAGCCGACUCCCUGAGUCGGUCCCCAGUCGACCACUCAGAAUGGUCCAUCUCGCCUCGACUGUUUCAGGAAGUGGUCCACCGUUUCGGCCUCCCAAUGGUGGAUCUAUUCGCCAGUGCCACCAACCACCAGCUACCUCGGUUCUUCUCCAGGUUUCCCUGUCCCGGGGCAGAGGCGGUAGAUGCCCUGCGGAGUCCGUGGCCAGCCAAUCAACUCCUUUAUGCCUUUCCUCCAGUCAACCUGCUUCCCAGAGUGGUACAGAAGUUACUCCAGGAACGCGCAGAACUGAUUCUCAUCGCUCCUUCUUGGAACCGUCGCCCCUGGUUCGCAGAUCUCAGAUCUCUGUCAGUGGCGCCUCCUUGGCGGAUACCAGACGAGCUGUUGGUUCUCAAACAGGGACAGCUGGAACAUCCAGAUCCGCUCUGGUACCGUCUCACCGCGUGGCGAUUGAGCGGGAGUUUAUGACAAGGCUUCCCCUUUCGGCCGGGGCUAUUGCAACCAUCCAGGCGGCUCGACGGGCCUCUACCACCCGCAUUUAUGAGGCUACCUGGCGGGCUUUCUCUCUGUGGUGUGGAAGGCAGCUUAUCUCGCCGACAUCUGCUUCAGUUCCCUGCGUCAUCGAGUUCCUGCAGGAAGGCUUUGUGUCUGGCCUUUCUCCUAACACGCUUCGACGACAGGUAGCGGCACUUUCCACGGUCUUGUCCGGUUCCUCGUCUGAUCCAAUGUCACGGGAUCCUCUGAUUCGCCAGUUUCUCCGGGGCGCUACCAACAUCCGCCCUCCGGCAAUCCACCGCUACCCAUCUUGGGAUUUACCCAAGGUCCUCCGGGCUCUUACGGGUCCGCCGUUCGAGCCUCUACGGGACGUUUCUUUGAAAUACCUUUCUUUCAAGGUCGCCUUUCUCGUGGCAGUCACCUCCGCACGUAGGAUCUCUGAAAUGGCAGCUCUGUCCAUUCGUAAGGAGCUCUGUAUCUUUCACCAGGAUCGGGUGGUACUGAGAUUGGAUCCAUCUUUCAUCUCCAAAGUAAAUUCUGUAUUCCAUCAAGCACAAGAGGUGGUGCUCCCGAAUUUCUGCCCUAAUCCUCGGCAUCCUCUCGAAAAACGAUGGCAUACCCUUGACGUUCGUCGAGCAUUAAAAGUGUAUGUUUCCCGUACGGCGACGUUCCAGCGAUCGGACGCCCUCUUCGUAUCUUUCUUACCAGCUUCCUUGGGAUCAAAAAUCUCCUCUACCACCUUGGGUCGAUGGAUUCGGGCAUGCAUUUCGGCGGCAUAUGAGGCCUCGGAUCUUCCAGUGCCACGCAGGAUAACUGCUCAUUCGACAAGAAGCACGGCCACUUCGGCAGCUUGGUCUACCAGGGCCUCCAUUGAAGAGAUUUGUCGGGCGGCUGCCUGGACAUCGCCUUCACCUUUUGUUCGCCACUAUCGCUUGGACACGUUUGCAUCGGCGGAUGCGGCCUUCGGACGUAGAGUCCUACAAGGGGUCCAUUCAACCUCCUAACUUGGGACCGGCCUCCUCCCUCCCGACUGGACACAUGGCUUUGACACGUCUUCCUGUGUUUACUCCCUCGUCUCAAAACUGUCAGUCAGCAGGCAGGAGGAGGGACUUCCUACUUUCUAAGUUAACCCGGUCCAAUAGCAACUCUACCAAGUCACCAC